AGCAAGAGAAUCAUACUAGUGUAAUACGGAUGACAAAUAUUAUAUUCUUCAAACCCGUUUACAAAGAUGAAGAAAUUGUUGUUGAGGAUGAGGAAGAAGGUAAACCUGGUCCAGUUUCUAUUUACAGUAGAAUCAAUUGUUUUGCUGGUUGUUCUUCGUUAUUAUUGGAUGAUGAUAAAACGGAAGUAACUGAUCAAAAGGAUAGCAUCAAUUCAAAUGUAGACACCAAUAUUGAUGCUCCUUUUGAAGCCGAAGAAAACGUCAGCUUAGACGUUCCUUUAGGAAUAAUACAAGAACAAGUCCCUGAAUGGCCUUCUUGGCUCUCUCCCUUUCCGAUGGACGCCAUCAAAGGUUGGAGUCCUCGUUCCUCCAAUAGUUUUGAAAUUCUCCAUAAGAUUGGACAGGAUAGUAGUCGCUGCCAAGUAUUCAAAGGCAGAGAUAUCAUUACCGGGAAAAUUGUGGCUUUAAAGAAGAUCAAACUGCACACCUGGGAGCCUGAGUAUGUGGAAGAGAUGGCGCGAGAGAUUCUCGUCUUGAACCGACUAGAUUCUCAUCCUAAUGUUGUGAAAUUGGAAGGUCUGGUGCUGAUUCACGGAGAGCCUUUGAGUUUGUACCUAGUUUUUGAAUACAUGGAACAUAGUUUGGCUGAUCUCAUUAUAACCCACCAAAUCAAGUUCACAGAGUCUCAGGUAAAGUGCUAUAUGCAUCAACUGCUAUUAGGACUUGAAUAUUGUCACAGCCGUGGUGUAAUCCAUGGUAACAUCAAUGCAUUUAAUCUUCUCAUUAGCAACAAAGGAAUACUUAAGAUUGCUGGUUUCGGAAAAGCUGCUUCAAUUAAUUUUCCUAAUCGCAAUGAAUCGGGUAUGGUUAGUGAAGCAGUACCUGUCCUGUAUCGGGCACCAGAGUUUUCUUCAUACCAUCCUGCAUACAGCAGUGCUGCAGAUCUUUGGGGUGUCGGUUGCAUCUUAGCCGAGUCAUUGGCUACGAAACCUAUCAUACAGACACUUCAAGUGGAAGAACACUGCAACCCGUAUAAUAAACACGGCAGAAGAAAGAAUUUUAAAGGUUUUCCACCAUCAUCAUUGACGUUAUUGAAAACUCUUCUGGCAGAUAAUCCAGUUGCACGACAAUCUGCUUCUGCUGCAUUGGCAAAUAAAUUCUUCACAACAAGCCCUUAUGCAUGUGAACCAUCCAGCAUUCUACAGUAUCCUCCAAGGAAGACAAUACAAGAAGCUAAAUAGGAAUAAGGUUUGUUUAUAAUAUAGAAUUACUACUUUUCAGGUUUCUUACUAAUUUCUUGUGCUUGUAUGUUACCGACUUUAAGAUUUCGCAUAAAAACCUCAGUGAGCUGUCCGAGGAAAGAACGCCUCUCCGUAAGAUGCUGAAAAGACUUGUAUGAACUAAAAAACAAUAGUAGAGAUGUCGACAAUUGUAUUAUUGGUAAUCACUGUGCUAUCAUGGAGAAGACUACAAAAUAUAUCAAAUGUAUGCCACCGACACAUGUCACAUACUGAAAUCAGUGUAAGGUAUAAAUGUAGUAUUCCAUAUAUUAUAUUUACAUGAGCAUCAAUCAGUUAUAUGGA